UGGGGCGAGCACGGGGCGGCGCUCGGCUGCGCGGGCUCUCUGCGGCGGCGGCAGCGGCAGCGGCAGCAUCCUCUCUCCCUCGACUUCCCUCCGGCCUCUUUCUCUCUCCUCUCGGUCCUCUCCUCGCUUCUGCCGUCGUCCGGCCUCCCCGGCUCCUCCCACGGAGGAGCUCUAAGCUCUCCGAGUCAGCCGCGACCGCGGGUGCGUCCACUUUCCGCGCCCAGAUUUUUAUUGAUCUGAUCUGACCUAUAUUGUGACUUCUGGCUGGAAUCAAGAGUCUUCAGCUUGUCUCUAAGAGAGGAAGCACUGAUUGGGAGUCACUCAAUCAGAAAAUUAAAAGAGAAAGAAGCCAGAACAUACCAUCAGUCCUUUGAGAACACAACAAACAUCACUACUUCACAACUUCCUUGAACAGGAGACAGUACAAAGCUCUGAAGGAUGGCUGAUGAGCGGAAGGACGAUGGGAAGGCGCCACACUGGACGUCAGCCUCACUGACAGAGGCAGCUGCACACCCUCACCCUCCAGAGAUGAAGGAUCAAGGCGGGGCAGGGGAAGGGCUGAGCCGCAGCGCCAAUGGAUUUCCAUACAGAGAGGAGGAGGAGGGCGCCUUCGGGGAGCACGGGUCACAGGGCACCUAUUCAGAUACCAAAGAGAACGGGAUCAACGGAGAGCUGACCUCGGCUGACAGAGAAACAGCAGAAGAAGUGUCUGCAAGGAUAGUUCAAGUAGUCACAGCUGAAGCUGUAGCAGUCCUGAAAGGUGAACAAGAGAAAGAAGCCCAACAGAAAGGCCAAUCCGCAGCUCUGCCAUUAGCAGCUGAGGAAACAGCUCAUCUGCCACCUUCCCCACCACCGUCGCCAGCCUCAGAACAGGCAGUUGCAGUGGAGGAAGAGGACGAAACGCUAAAGGGUGUGAUGGCUGAGGACAUGAAACCUGCUGCCCUUCCUGGGAAAGAGCAUGGGGCUGCUAAGACCUCAGACUACCCCCAGGGCCUCAGUGAGGGCCAAGCGGAAUCUAGCGCAGAGGCGCAGAUAGUUCCAGAAGACAGUGCCCUGGCAGGGGCUCCACAUGAGAAAAGUGUAAAAGAGGUCACGGAGGUGGCUUCGGACGUAAAAAUUCCUUCCUCUAUCAAGGAAGAUUUACUUACAGCCUCGAAGAUGGAAUUCCCUGAGCCGCAGAAAUUGGCUUCCUCUUUCGCUGAGCCUUUAGACAAGGGAGAAAAGGAAUCGGAGAUGCAGAGUAAGCCUGGUGAAGAUUUUAAGCAUGCUGCCUUAGUUCCUCAGCAAGAGAUAACUAAAACUCCCCAGGAUAAAAAGGAUGUUCAAGACAUGGAAGGGGAAAAGUCACCUCCCGUCCCAUUUGCGCACACUUUUGGUACCAACCUGGAAGACAUAAAACAGAACGUAGAACCAAGCAUAGCAGUACCUAGCAUCGGCCUGUCUGCAGAGCCUCUAGCUCCAAAAGAGCAGAAGGACUGGUUCAUUGAAAUGCCAAUGGAAUCAAAGAAAGAUGAAUGGGGUUUAGCUGCCCCAAUAUCUCCUGGCCCUCUGACACCCAUGCGGGAAAAAGACAUGCUGGAGGAUAUUCCAAGAUGGGAAGGGAAGCAGUUUGAUUCGCCCAUGCCAAGUCCCUUUCAUGGUGGAAGUUUCACUCUUCCUCUAGAUAUUAUAAAGAGUGAAGGAAUCUCAGAAGUACCACAACCCUUGGCUCCUGUCUUCUUCCAACCAGAUGACAAAACGUCCCUGCCAGACACCAGUGGCCUAGCUACUGCCAAAGAUAGUUCUAGAGAUGAGGAGCCACAGAAAGAUAAAGCAGACAAGGCAGAUGUUCCAGUCUCAGAAGCUGCCACCCUACCGAAAGAUGCUCUCGGUCCAGUUGGGGAAGGCGAUAUCAGGGAAAGUGUUUCAGGGGAAGAAAAGGGUACCACAAAUCAAGAGAUAAAAGAAACUUCAAUCCCCAGUGGUCAGGAACUUACACUCACCGAAGAUGAACCAUACACAAAGCUUGACGAGAAAUUAGUGGUUUCCAUUGAAGAAGCUGUGGCGAAAGAACAUGAACCCCCCAAAUUGAGAGACGAUGAAACAGGUGUAAUUCAGACCUCCACCGAGCUUUCUUCCUCCAAAGAACAGAAAGACCGAGAACAUGUAACCGAUGAGUUAAAACAGGACUCCUUCCCUCUAAGUCUGGAACAAGCUCUUUCAGUUCCAGCCAUGACCUCUGAGACCUUGGAAAAAGUGACAUCUGAGCCAGAGGCAGUGAGUGAAAUGAGAGAAACCCAGGGACUUUUUGAGGAGAACAUGGCUGUCAAAGAUAAGUUUGAAGGAGUUGGGUCUGCAACAAUAGCUGAGGUUGGCGUGCCAUUUUAUGAAGAUAAAUCGGGAAUGUCCAAAUACUUUGAAACAUCUGCAUUGAAGGAAGAAGUGGCAAAAAGCAAGCAGUUGGGCAGUGAUUACUAUGAGCUGAGUGAUGCAAGAGGAAGUGCCCAGGAAUCUUUUGACACUGUACCUCCCAAGGACCAGCGUGAUGAAAAGGAACUUCAGGCAAAAGAAUCCCAGCCCAGUGCUCCACCAGAGGAAGCAGGAUACAGCACUCUUGCCCAGAGUUAUCCAUCUGAGCUACCUGAAGAACCAAGUUCUCCUCAAGAAAGGAUGUUCACUAUUGACCCAAAAGUUUAUGGGGAGAAAAGGGACCUUCACAGUAAGAACAAGGAUGAUUUGACCCUUAGUCGAAGUUUAGGGCUUGGUGGACGGUCUGCAAUAGAACAAAGAAGCAUGUCCAUCAACUUGCCUAUGUCUUGCCUCGAUUCCAUCGCCCUUGGGUUUAACUUUGGCCGGGGCCAUGAUCUUUCCCCUCUGGCUUCUGAUAUUUUAACUAACACGAGCGGAAGCAUGGAUGAAGGAGAUGAUUACCUUCCCCCUACCACACCUGCAGUGGAGAAGGUCCCUUGCUUCCCAGUAGAGAGCAAAGAGGAAGGCGAGAAGGCAGAGGAAGUAAAAGCGACUGGAGAACAAAUUAUUCAGAUUGAGACAUCCUCUGAGUCGCCCUUCCCAGCCAAAGAAUAUUACAAAAAUGGUACCGUCAUGGCCCCUGACCUGCCUGAGAUGCUAGAUCUGGCAGGAACCAGGUCCAGGUUAGCUUCUGUGAGUGCAGAUGCUGAGGUUGCCAGGAGAAAAUCAGUCCCAUCAGAGGCUAUGAUUGCAGAGAGUAGUACUGCUUUGCCACCUGUCGCUGAUGAAAACCAAGUCACUGGAAAACCUGACAGUCAACUUGAAGACAUGGGAUACUGUGUGUUCAAUAAAUACACAGUUCCUCUACCAUCACCAGUUCAAGACAGUGAGAAUUUGUCGGGAGAGAGUGGCUCAUUUUAUGAAGGAACUGAUGACAAAGUCCGUAGAGAUUUGGCGACAGACCUUUCACUGAUUGAAGUAAAACUUGCAGCUGCAGGAAGAGUCAAAGAUGAGUCCACUGCUGAGAAAGAGGCAUCUCCACCCACUUCUGCUGACAAAUCAGGACUGAGUCGGGAGGUUGACCAUGACAGGAAAACUAGUGACAAACUGGAUACUGUCCUUGAAAAGAGUGAAGAGCAUGUUGAAUCAAAGGAGGCUGAAGAGGCUGGUGAGAAAGUGGAGAUCUUUGGGUUAGGUGUAACCUAUGAUGAAGCCUCUGCCAAAGAACUGACAACAGCUGAAGACACGUCACCAGAGAAAGCAGCAAAAGGUCUCAGUUCACUGCCGGAGGUGGCUGAGGUGGAACCAACCGCAAAAGCCGAUCAGGGGCUAGAUUUUGCUGCAACGAAAGCUGAGCCAAGUCCGUUAGAUAUAAAAGUCAGUGACUUUGGACAGAUGGCUUCAGGGAUGAAUGUAGAUGCCACAGAGCUCAAGUUCGAGGUUUCUCAGGAACUGACCCUCUCAUCCAAAGGACCUCAAGAAGAUGAUUCAUUCCUGGGUAUUGAGUCUGGCCACAUGAAAGAAGGUCUCAAAGUCAGUGAAACAGAAGUCAAAGAGAAGGUAGCAAAGCCUGACCUGGUGCAUCAGGAGGCUGUAGACAAAGAAGAGUCCUAUGAGUCUAGCGGUGAGCAUGAGAGCCUCACGAUGGAGUCCCUGAAGCCGGAUGAGGGCAAGAAGGAAACCUCUCCAGAGUCAUCUCUGAUUCAAGAUGAGGUUGCCCGCAAACUGUCUGUGGAAAUCCCUUGCCCACCUCCUGUUUCGGAGGCUGACUUAUCCACAGAUGAGAAAGCUGAGGUUCAAAUGGAAUUUAUUCAGCUGCCAAAGGAAGAAAGCACUGAGACUCCAGAUAUACCCGCCAUACCUUCUGAUGUCACCCAGCCACAGCCUGAAGCAGGUGUGCCUGAACCAGCAGAGGUCCCAAGUGAGGAAGAGAUAGAAGCCGGGGGAGAGUAUGACAAACUGCUCUUCCGCUCAGACACACUUCAGAUUACUGACCUGGUUGUCCCAGGAAGUAGAGAGGAAUUUGUGGAGACCUGCCCAGGUGAACACAAAGGUGGGAUUGAGUCUGUAGUGACCAUCGAGGAUGACUUCAUCACUGUAGUGCAGACCACAACCAAUGAAGGCGAGUCAGGGUCCCAUAGUGUGCGCUUUGCAGCUCUAGCUCAGCCUGAGGAGGAAAGGAGACCGUGCCCUCACGAUGAAGAGCUUGAAGUAGAGAUGGCAGCAGAAGCCCAGGCAGAACCCAAGGAUGGCUCUCCCGAUGCCCCAGCUACUCCUGAGAGAGAAGAGGUUGCAUACUCAGAAUAUAAAACAGAAACCUACGAUGAUUACAAAGACGAGACCACCAUUGAUGACUCCAUCAUGGAUGCUGACAGCCUGUGGGUGGACACUCAAGAUGAUGAUAGAAGCAUCAUACAGGAACAGUUAGAAACUAUCCCUAAAGAGGAGAAAGCUGAGAAGGAAGCUCGGAGACCAUCUCUUGAAAAACAUAGAAAAGAGAAACCCUUUAAAACCGGGAGAGGCAGAAUUCCCACUCCUGAAAGAAAAGUAGCUAAAAAGGAACCUAGCACGGUCUCCAGGGAUGAAGUGAGAAGGAAAAAAGCAGUUUAUAAGAAGGCUGAACUUGCUAAAAAAACAGAAGUUCAGGCCCACUCUCCUUCCAGGAAACUCAUUUUAAAACCUGCUAUCAAAUACACUAGACCAACUCAUCUCUCCUGUGUUAAGCGGAAAACCACAGCAGCAAGUGGUGAAUCCGCCCAGGCUCCCAGUGCACUUAAACAGACAAAGGACAAAGUCACUGAUGGUGUCACCAAGAGCCCAGAAAAGCGUUCUUCCCUCCCAAGACCUUCCUCCAUCCUCCCUCCUCGGAGGGGUGUAUCAGGAGACAGGGAGGAGAACUCCUUCUCUCUGAACAGCUCCAUCUCUUCAGCACGGCGGACCACCCGGUCAGAGCCAAUUCGCAGAGCUGGAAAGAGUGGCACCUCAACCCCGACCACUCCUGGAUCCACUGCGAUCACUCCUGGCACUCCCCCAAGCUACUCUUCACGUACCCCAGGUACUCCUGGAACCCCCAGCUAUCCCAGGACCCCUCAUACACCAGGAACCCCAAAAUCUGCCAUCUUGGUGCCUAGUGAGAAGAAAGUCGCCAUCAUUCGCACCCCUCCAAAGUCCCCAGCUACUCCCAAGCAGCUUCGACUUAUUAACCAGCCACUGCCAGACCUGAAAAAUGUCAAGUCCAAAAUCGGAUCAACUGACAACAUCAAAUACCAGCCCAAAGGGGGUCAGGUACAAAUUGUUACUAAGAAGAUAGACUUAAGCCAUGUGACAUCCAAAUGUGGCUCUCUGAAGAACAUUCGUCACAGGCCAGGUGGUGGACGUGUGAAAAUCGAGAGUGUAAAACUGGAUUUCAAGGAGAAGGCCCAAGCUAAAGUGGGCUCCCUUGACAAUGCUCACCACGUACCCGGAGGAGGCAACGUGAAGAUUGACAGCCAAAAGUUGAACUUCAGAGAGCACGCAAAGGCCCGUGUAGACCAUGGGGCUGAGAUCAUCACACAGUCCCCAAGCAGGUCGAGCGUGGCAUCGCCUCGGCGACUCAGCAACGUCUCCUCUUCGGGAAGUAUCAACCUGCUGGAGUCCCCUCAGCUUGCCACUUUGGCUGAGGAUGUCACUGCCGCGCUUGCGAAGCAGGGCUUGUGAAUAUGUCUCCUUUAGCACGGGAGUACAUUUAGGCAUGAGCUCUUGGCAGGAGUGGGCUCUAAGCAGGUGUCAUAUUCAUUCUUUACAAACCAUAGAUAAAUAAUCUCACCCCCAAACUGUAGUAAUUGUUACAAUUUUAUAUAAAAAAUGAAUAGUAUAUGCAGAACAAUGACCUGAUUUCCAUCCGCAACAGGAACACAUGGCUUUACAUGGAUACAAUCGGACAAUUAUUUUCGCUCUGCUCUGUUUUGCAUGGAGUACUAUUAUUUUUUAAAUUGCAUUUUUACCUUUCAUGUGCCUGAAGGCUCUCCAACUCAUUCUGAAAGGCCUUGUUAAAAUUCCAAGCUGCUCAUUUCACUCUUCUGUUUAUGGUUGAAAAGAUUAAAAACUGCCCAUUGUCACCUAUUACAGGUUAAAUGAAAUCAAGGAGUCUGAAGAAGUCUGGUCGCAGGAAGGAAAGAGCAUGUGAGAAACACAUAUUUAAGGUGUUAUUUUGUAUAAAUGGGAAGAAAGAUGCAACUAAGUUAUUAACAUUUGGGACCUGGGUGAUUAUAUCAGAGUAUGCCAUCCUAAUAAAUUAUUUAACUGAAAUCUAGCUGUAAAGUGUCUGAGCUGUGGUUGAAGAAGUGGUAUCAAAGUGCAUUUCUUAGGAUUGAUGCGCUUUCAUCAGGAUGGGCUUGUGUCUGGUUAGAAUGUCAGCUGAUUGGCUAGAUUUGUGUUCACACAAUCAGUUUCACACCCCCAUUCCAUCUGUUUGAUACAGUAUUAUAGAUAUAAAUAUAUAUAUAUAUUUCUCUGUGGCCAUUUGUGAUACUUCCUCAUAUACUUGAAUAUGAUACUUCUUUAUUCACAGUAUCUGUGUCUCCUACACCCUUUGGUGUUGCAAUUUUAGGUAUGUGAAAGUAGAUGUUAGCAGGGUUCUCUCCCUACUUAAAAAUACAUUUUAAAAAGACAAACCGUUCUAGCAUGAAGUUGCUUUCUGUAACGACUCAGCUGUAGCCCUGUUUCGGUGCCAGAAUCAAGUCUGUCCUGUGAUGCUAGGAAACUUCAUUUCUCUUUGCUUUCACCAACAUGGAGUGUGUGCAGUGGGUCCAGUCAUACAUAGAAGGGCUUACAGAGUGUUGGCUCAAUGAUUAUGGGUUUAGCACAUGUUUUAUCACUGAAUACUUUGGGUUUAAUUCCUAUAAUCAUUCAUUGAACUGAUUCUUUAUUAUUUGUUUCCUCCCCUUUUUCUUUUUUCCAUUUGCUAAAGUUGAACCUAUGAGUAAUAAUUUUGAAUAUAUUUUCCUGUUUUCCAACUAGUACUUGUUCAUUAAAUUCCCUGAUAGAAGGCAUUUGACUUCUUUACCCCAAGAUCCCUUAAUCAGAAAGGAAAACUACAACAUAUUGAGAACCUACCUAUGUAAAACCUUUGAGACACAGAUAUCUAAAUCCAUCUUUCCAGAAAUCAACACUGCAGUCUGUACAAGAACAUGGUAUGACUAUAUUUAUCAGUAAACAUUUUUCCAUUUUGUAUAAGUCUAGACAUCACAAUUUAACUCAAUGAGAAAUCGUAUUUAAUGAGUAAACAGUAGUCAAUGGCCCAAAUUAGGAUAAACCAUUAUCAAACUGGGUGGACUUUUUUAUAUUUUAUUUAUUUAUUCUUUUUCUUGCUCAGGAUUGGCCGACUGAAUCUGAAAAAUUAGCUUAAAAAGGUUGGCUAGGAUUUUUAUGUCUGUGAAGCAAAUCAAGUCCUGCAUAUAAAGAACAUGCUGAACAAGAACAGGACAGAGAGGCGUAGGGGUAACUGAGAGAGAAGGCAAGAUGAUGCCAAAGCAGGAGACACUGGUGGCAUUUUGGUGACCUGUUGAGUAUUAUAGCCAGUGGGACAGUCACAUGGAAAACUCAACUUCCAACCAAAACAGUCUUCUCAGCCAGGAGACACACACACACACACACACACACACACACACAGGAUGUCUUUAUUUGUAAAUCACUUAUUUUUGACCUAACAUUAAUGUUUUCCUCACUCUGGAAAUGAAAGAUGGGAUAAUGGUGUGUGAAGAACGACAUUCUUACAUGUUUGGAGAGUGCUAGACAAGGAUUAAAGAUACCUAGAAAAAAAAGAAGUUAGCAGGUGGUUAGGGUAGUUUUAAACUGUGAGGAAAAUAAUUUCAACCACAUUUAUUAUAAAAAUUAAGGUGAAGAGAACAUUUCUUAGUGUUAAAAUUCAGUUUCUUAGAAUGCGUGUCCAAUCACUGAUGUGAACAGAUCUGGCACCAAAAUAAUCAUUUAUUUCUAAUGUUAAUACAAUUAUAAUGAAUACAAGUCUUUGUUUUACAUGAAAUUGUGAUCUUAUAUAAAGUUAACACAAGGGGACUGAACUUUUGAAUCUAGACAGAGACAGGGAAAUGCACAGGCUAAAAACAUUUUCUUAUGGGACUAUGGGACGGAUCCCACCUUACCUUCUCUUAAGAUAAUGACUCAAAUUAAGCUUUUGGACACCACUUUUGUGGGGACACACAUACGCUGAUCUAGAAAGGAAAGCUUCACAGCUCCCUUUCUAGAUCUACUCAUGCCAGUUUCUCUCUGGUGUUAGCCUUUGAGAACCUGUUUAAGAAUACGUAAGCAUCCAGAGUUCUGAAGAGUUCCAAGGCCAACUUUUGCAAUGAACUCGUAUGCUCUGGGUCUCCUGCACCUGAAAAUUGGAUACCUUGCAACAAUGCAGGAAGGAUCCGAGUUUAUGAUGAGUUUCUAAGGCCAUGUUCACUUAGGAACGGACUCUUUCUGGAGCUGCCUGCUGAGUUCCAGCAGGAUGAUGGGCUGAAAUCCCACCCAUAGGAAAGACACCUGUGUAAUUCCAGCUCAGUUGGGCUGAAGGUAGCUGAAAGAAGAGGUCCAGCAAACUGAAAAAUAGACUGUAGUUGUCCUUCUCCACACACGCACGCACACACACACACACACACACGCACACACACUCACACACACACACAUGUGGGGUAGAAGAGAGGUCUGCAGACAUAGGGAGCACCAUCAGUAGUAGUUAAGAAAUAAUCUAAACCUGUUCAUUCUGACCUAGCUGCACUUACAGUUUUUCUUUAUUGUUCAUGCCACAGGAAGGAAAAGAAAUGACUUGUGUUAGAAGUAGAAAAGAAAAGGUAGAUUAAUCAGAUGGGGAUGCAAUUCCAGGCAUUUCUUCAAAGACUGAUGUGCUAACAUCAACACUGAUGUUUGUGUUUUUACACCUAGGAUUUUCAGCCUGACCAUGUGGGUUGAGGCCAAGUCCCUCUGUAGGAAAAAGAUGUUUUCAAACUCCAAAAGAAUGCCAAUCAUGAAAGUCCACUUCAACUUUAGCAAAAAGGGAAAAAAAAUCAAAAAAAGUGUACUCUGUAUGCUGGGAUCCCAAGGUUCCAACAUGUCACUACAAAUCUGUGGGGGUUCUUUCUUCUGAUAAUUCUAGAGCCUGUUACCAUAGAAAGGCAUUUCUUCAAUGGCUGGUUGUAGUUAGUUCAUGUUUUUCAAACAAUUUGCAAAUGUAUUUGUUGCUGUAUAGUGAUUGUUUUGCAAAAUAAAAUUGCU